GGGGCUGCCAAUUUUACACACACGAACCGGCCCAAUAUAUUUCAAUCAAUCCGUGUCAAAUUCGAUUUAUUGAUAGUUUUUUCAGCUUUUCUGAUUCACUUUAUUUCAGGAGACUUCAUUUUCAACCCCCAAUUAUCACCAAAGGUGCAUUACAACCAAAUUACAACUUGAACUUCGGUCUGAUGAACGUCUCACCUGCGUCAGAACUGCAAGCAAGCAAAUAAUUGCUACUAUAUUUUGACCACACUUGACUAAUUUUGACUCUAAAAAAGGACUCAAAAAUUUUGAACAUUAGGUGCAAAUUAGGUGUAUUCAUGUGACAUGUGUACAUAAAGAAUCUGUAUAUAUUUUUCGUGUAUUUUGUACGUUUUCACGCAAUUUUCAGCCCCAAACGGUGAGGGCCUCUCCCCUCUGACGGGCCGGUGCCGCCGGUCCGCUCUGCCGGUGUGACCACCCCACCACCAUGUGGUCGGUGCUCAGCAAGGCCGGCACUGUGGGACACACCGUGCUCACGGCCACCGAGCGCUACUUCGAGCCGGCGGCCGAUGUGAUCCUGCGUGUGCCCAGCCUGGUGCUGCUCGACUACCUGUGGCGCUUUGAGGUCGAUAAGACGCUGCUCUGGGGCGCCGCGCAGGUGGACGACAAGUUCGGCGUCUUCAACACAAUCAUCGUCAUUUCGCUGCUGCUGCAAGCGGCGGCCGUUCUACUGCUGCCACUCGAGUACGUGGUCAGGCUGUACAUGCACUACAUCAGCGCCGCCGUGCUGGUACUGGCCAACCAGUUCUCGUUCUACCACGUGAGUAGCGAGGCGGCGCUGCCGGCCGCGCCCGGCCUGACCGCCUACUUCCGGCUGGUGCCCGUCUGGCAGAUCUGGGCGGGCGCCGGCGGCGGCGCGGCGGUCGGCGCCGACGCGGCCGCCGCCGCCGCCCAGGUGGAGUUCCUGCGCCGUCAGAUGGCGGCCAUCGCGGUCCACCUGACGGCCGCCGUCACCGUCAUAGUGCUGCUAGACGUGGAGGACACUCGGCGCAGAGUCUCCCUGCUGGCCAACGCGCUGCCCGUGGUGGCACUGAUGGCCAGCAUGGCGUCCGGCUCGGAGUUACUGCUGCUGCACAACUGCGCCUGCGCUGUCACCAUCAUCAACUGCCUGACGUGGCUGCUGGGCUGCGCGCCGGCCUGUCUAGCUUACUACCAGCAGCUCUACCUCAAGUACUACUUCCACGCUACCCAGGUGUACGGCGCCGCCGGCACGCUGCGACAGCUGAUCGCGACGCUGUUCGUGCCGCGUCUCCAGCUCGCCUACUGGCUCUGUCUGGUUCUCACACAAGGAUACUACUUCGCCUACGUACCCGAGAGCGUACCGAGCGUGCGGGGCGAGUGGUAUAUCGUACUGCUCAGCGCCGUUGCCAGCGCUACUGCCUCUCCCAUCAGCCUGGCCGGCUUCUGCGCGGCGGUGGCGUACGGCUCGUGGUGGGCAGUGCGCGCACUGGCCUGGCUCCUGCGCGUGCGGCCGGCCGAACACAGCGGUUGGGUGGAGGCGGCCACGGCUCUGGUCCUGGCCUGCUAUGUGGAUCUGAUCCACCUGGCCGUGCCGGCGCGGCUGGCUGUUAUGGCUGUACUGCUGUUUGUCGCGCUUACCUCCACGGCUCAGGUGGCGUAUGACGUGGCCGAGGCUGCUGUCCUGUCCCUGAGCGCGUCGGGCAGCCGGCGCGUCGGCCGCCACGCUCGGGUGGUGCUCGUCUGUCUCCUGCUGGCCGCGCUGCCCGUAUGGCUGACAGUUCUACUCUGUCGUCUGUUCGAGCGCGACCUCUGGAUCUUGCUGGUGACGUCGUCGGCGCUGACGCUAGCCGUCCAGGCGCUCGGUCUGCUGACCGUUUACGCCGUGUUUCUGUACGACGCCCUGCGUCGCGAGCCGUGGCGUCAUCUGGAUGAUGUAGUUUAUUGUACCCGCGCGGCCGCCGGCGCUGCCCAGACCCUGGUGGCUCUACUGGUGGUGGCUGCCGGCGUCUGGGAGACCUCUCGCGGCGGAGGAUCGUGGGGUAACGCUGCUGUGCUCCUGGCACACUGCUACUUCCACAUCUGGCGCCGGCUGAGGGAUGGCUGGGGGCAGCUGGCGCUGCGUCGGACGGUGGCCCGCACGGCGGCCGCCCUGCCCGAAGCCAGUCCCGAGCUGCUGCGCCGGUACGGAGACGUGUGCGCCAUCUGCUACUGCGCUAUGAGCGAGGCGCGCCGGCUGCCCUGCCGCCACCUGUUCCACGCCGCCUGCCUGCGCCGCUGGCUUUUCGUCCAGGUCAAGUGUCCGCUGUGUCAGGCGGAGAUAGUGGAAGCCGAGAAACCUCCGCAGGAGCCAGCUCCGGCGCAGGAGCAGACUCAGGCCGCUGCUGAUGAGGCUGCACCCGCGGAAGGCGCGGAGAAGCCGACGGUCGAGACGACUGAGGCGGCAGCUGAGGUGACCGGCGGUCGGCCGGGCCCCGUCGCAGCCGGAGACGCCGCGGCCUCCCUGGCAGACGUGCCAUACUGCCCGCUCAACUGCCCGCGAGUGCCGAUGCUGGAGGGACCACGGCCGGCCGCCGGGGCGGCAGGAUGCCCUGUCGGAGCUGUAAGGAGGGCGACUGAGACAUCACGGAGGAGCCCAGCGGCUGGCGAAGGACAUUAGUGUGAGUUGGAUAUGCGGCAAGUGUGAUAUGAAUCAAACGUUACUGGAAGAGCUUCUGCGCAGUGCAAGUCAUUAGAAACGGACGCCCGAUUGGGAAUGGUGAUAAAAAGAGGCUCCCUAUCAGUGGAUGGUGAAACGGUGAUAAACUUUGAACUUUGAGAUUGACAUUAGUCAGUCUGUGUAGCGAACUUUGAGGCAGUUACUCUCAUUUAUGUUAGCUGCAAAUGGUGAUGUUUAAUCGGCGUCACAUAUGGCUAAGACGUGCUCCAAUGAGGCAUCUCAUUUCACUGUAUACGUGUACUUAGCCAUCUCAUAUCAACCUGCGGACUUGUGGAGGUCUAGCUGCCCUCGCUUUGUCCGCUUUCUAGCAUUGCGCUGCUCGUAAAAAGUGGGCGCUGCGUCGCCCGCUAGGCUUGCCAUCAGGACUUGUUUAGUGACACGCGCUGUACUGGAUUGUCAUUGGUAGUGAUGAGACAAGCAAGGAUCAUCAUUGGUAGUGAUGGAAAGGAUUGUGCGAUGUUUUCAUAUAAUGGCUAUGGAGAGCAGCUGCCAUCACUGACGAAUUGAACUCUGCUUAUCUGAAACAGUCAGAGCCGGUGAGCGGCGCUUUACUGACUUGUCUCCCUGAAGUCAGGUGUUGGGACCAGAACUUGUCUUUGAAAUUGUUGUGGAGGGCGGGAUCUUGGGCGGGAUGAAGUGAACUGAUUGAGUGAUGUAACACUCAUUCGAAAGCUAGUGAGGUUUGUCCGAUUAACACUCAGAACCUCGGCUCAGGGCUAGUUCAAUUGAACUGUGAACUCCAUCGUACUUCGUUCUGGAUGUGAUAUUGUCAUUCCCUAUCUUUGCUGUUUUGAAAUCGUCUUCUGAUUGUUCAAAGGAAGGGCUUAAAAUCUCGUGUACAUUCCGUCACGCAUUGUACCUGCUCUCGAUACUGUACUAAAUUACAGGCCGAAUUAGAUUUCAAUGGCAUUUUACCAUACGAAUUACAAGCAGUCGUUCCGAGCGUUUCCUCCGCUGAUCUGUGAUUGACCGACUCCGAAAUGGUGUGGUCAACUGUGAACGUUACUGAUGGAUGGCGCGGUGUUUUUGUUCCCGUUCAAGGACUGUUACCCAGUGGACUGGGGUCCUGUGUAUUCAGUGUGGAUAUCUCAUGCGGCUCGGCUCACUGAUGCCAGACCGUAUGCGCGAUAGAGAGGCGUAGUUGUAGCCCCCAACAGCCUGGCAGGAGCAACGCUCGAUCGAAAUAGGGCGAGUGAUUUCACCGUUAUGAAUUUCAAUGUUGUACUUACGAAACAUGAUUAAAUGAUUAAGAUGUUGGUUUCAUGUGAUCAGAAUCUCCGAUAAUGGCUUGCCACGAAGAGUCAUUUGGAUAUUCUGGCUUCACUGCUGUUUCACUUUCAUUCGUUUUUUUCCAGAUUAGUUAAUGUGUUUGAGCUUUGCGAGAUCGGCAUUUGGACUCUCUGAAAGGUGUUCUGUACAGUCAUGGCUGGCUGGCUGGCUGACUUAUUUACUGGUGUACCAUUGUUACUCGUUUAGGUAUUCUUUCAGUUGUGUAGUCGUUCCUAGUCAAGAAACCCGCCAAGCUUCGGGUACUGUAAAAUACAUUUUAAUAUGAUGCC